GAUUCGUGAUUCGUUGGCGAGUCGCUGCUCAGAGCGAUCAUGGCGUCGUCGGUGGCUCGCGGAGCCGCGAAGGCCGUCAAACCGAUUUUUAGCCGGGAUGUGGACGAGGCCAAGCGGCGCGUGAGGGAGCUUUACCGAGCCUGGUACCGAGAGGUUCCCAACACAGUGGCGAUGUUUCAGCUGGACAUUUCCGUGCGGCAGGGCAGAGAUAAGGUCAGAGAGAUGUUUAAUAAAAACAAGCACAUCACCGACCCCCGAGUCAUCGAUAUGCUGGUCAUUAAGGGUAAAAUGGAGCUUCAGGAAACCAUCAACAUCUGGAAGCAGAAAACACACGUUAUGCGCUACUUCCAUGAGACAGAGACGCCCCGUCCUACCGACUUCCUGUCCAAAUUUUACAUUGGACACGACCCCUGAUCCUUAUGUCUAUGCUCCACCCCGUCUGUGAUGGACAGUGUGCUGAUUGUGUGCUGUUGAACUGUAAAUACACACCUGCUUAUCCGAACACCGUGUCCGUCUGUGUUCAUACACACCACUGCACUCACUGCUCGCCAGCUGAGAUACCUCAGCAACCACCUUGAAGCAGAUUGUCUGAAACUCUGAAAGCUCUUUACAAAAACAUAUUAAACAAUGUUUAUGAAUACACAACCUUA